GGCUGGUAACAACGGGUCCACUCUCUCUUUCUCUACAGAAGAAGCUGAGAUAUCUGUCUCUCUCUCUAGAUUCGAUUUCGUUGCGGGCUUGUUAAUGGCGAAUCCAGGGCAAUCAAAGGGAUGGAUUAAGAAAUGGACGUCCAUGGCUUCAUCGGUUUACUUCGUCUUGAUCAUAUUCCAGAUCCCUCUCUUCAGGGUUCCAUGUAGAUCUGGUAUGUGUUCAUCUCCGAUCCAUGUGACAUCGUCUCAGUUGAUUUCUAGUGAGAUCUUUCCUGUUCCGGUGAUUAAGGCUCUCCUAUUCCCUGGUGCUGUAGUCAAUGGUCUUGCCACCAACCUGACCUUUCCAAAGUGGGAAAAUGUGUUAGAUAUCUACAAUCUCACCAAUGUGAAAGAAGCAUCUGCAGUGACCGAUCUUCAGCGCCUAGAGGUUCUUGCAGGGAGCUACUUUUCUGUAGCUGGGGCGUUGGUUGGUUUGCUUAAGCCCGGUAGGAUGAGCAUGUUUGGGUCAUUGCUACUAGUUUGGGGGCUUGUUAAAGAAGGGAUCUUAGGGAAGCCAGUAAAUACUGACCCAGCCAAAACCGUUUAUGUAUACCCGACCAUGGUGCUUGCGAUGAUCUGCGCUUUCUCUAUGAUAAAGUAUGACUUGAAGAAAGCCACGAGGGCCGCUCCAGCGCGUCCCAUUGCUAAACCUCUAAUGAGCUCUUCAAAAUCUAAGCUGAAGUGAGUUUUUUGAGACUUAAUAGGGCUUGUGUCCUGUCUUUGUACCAACACCCGGGAAAGGAAAAUGUCCCGGAAAAUGGCAUUGUCACUGUAUUUUGCUCUCAGUUACCUUAUGUUUCAUGAAUUGUCUAUUUUAUAGGACACUGCUCAGUAGUCAA